GUCAAAUCAAAAAGAAAUCGCACUGACAGAUCCAACUUGUCUAGAUAAAACCGGAUGUCGAGAAUCGCUCUUUUUCCGGCAUCUGCCAGUCGAGUUCAGUACACAUUUUAGUUUUGCUGAAAGAAAUCUUGUUAAAAAUGUCGCUCGUGAUCCCCGAGAAGUUCCAGCAUAUUCUUCGUGUGCUCAGCACCAACAUUGACGGCAAGCGUACCGUUCCAAUUGCGCUAACGGCCAUCAAGGGUGUCGGUCGACGAUACGCUCAUGUCGUGCUGAAGAAGGCCGAUGUGGACCCGUUCAAGCGCGCUGGUGAAUGUUCCGAUGAGGAGGUUGAAAAAAUUGUCACCAUCAUCUCGAACCCUCGCCAGUACAAAAUCCCCGAUUGGUUCCUGAACAGACAGAAGGAUAUUAUCGAUGGCAAGUACUCGCAGCUGACGUCCGCCAACGUGGACUCGAAACUGCGUGAAGAUUUGGAGCGACUGAAGAAGAUUCGUGCCCACCGUGGUCUGCGUCACUACUGGGGUCUGCGAGUGCGAGGUCAGCACACCAAGACCACCGGUCGUCGUGGACGUACCGUUGGUGUCUCCAAGAAGAAGUAAGGCUGGAUUCAGCUGUGCGUUCGGUGGGAAGCUUUGUAUAUUUAUUGAUACAAAUUGGAUAGAACGAUGGAUGCUGUUUAUUCGGAGUGAGCGGUUUGUGAUAUAGAUUGCAAAAUACGAAGAAUCGAAUAAACGGUUGAAUGGUAUAAGAA